UUGAAUUAGCCGCCCAUUCGCGAUAACAAUGGCGUGACGUUUUUAAAAUGGAAACUGAUCGUUGCUGAAUUACAUAUUCAUGAAAAGUUAAUUGGUAAAACAAUUCUGAAUAAAAAUGAAUCGCAAACAUCACGAUAGUCUCAGAGAUCAAAUAACUGCGCAAUACAUGUAUGUUUCUGCAAAAAAACGUACGUAUAUAUAUAACAGAUUUACAUAAAGAAACCAUUUCUGCAAAUAAUAUGUCACAUCUGUAUCCUGUAUCACGUCACGGAGAUAAACGCCUGUAAGAUGUUACAAACAAUCAUACUAUAAAUAUCUGGGAACGUGGUAUAAUAAAACUUUUUCAGAGUACAUUGUUUUUAGCGUUAACAAGAACAUAACAAAGACCAGUGAUUGAUUUUCCAACGGAGGUUGCCAACAUCCCACUAUAGAUUUCAGAAAAUAUAUAACGUCGAAAACUCUGUUAUAUUACAAAUUAUAUUUAUGUACUUUUUGUAUUUAUCUUUUUAAUUACGAUUUCAAUGUUAAUUAAAAAUUGGAGGUUAGAAUACAUGUAGAAAAUCCCUAUAAAAUUCAAUGAUUCUGCACUAUCCUACAUAGUUUUAUAUACAUAGAAAACUUGGUUUUCUCCAUACGGUAUUUUCCCUACUCAUCACUAGCAAAGACACAGAAACAUCAAAAGAAGGCAGCCAGAGAUUCGUGUGAAGUGAACGAGAAAGGUAAGGAUGAGUAACGGGUAGAAGGGGAAUAAGGAAAACGAACGAGACGGUCGGAGGGAACCGAAAGAGAGAAAAAGAGAGGAAAGAAAACGGGUACAGAAGAGAGGGAGAGAGAUAGUAGAGGAUAGUGAAACAGAGAAUGGGAUGCGAUGGCGGCGGGUAUGGCAGGGGUAGGUCUUGCUAGGCGGGCACCCGCUGGCGGCAUUUGCAGGUAUGGCGAUGAACAACACGGCAAUUUCUAUCGUCGCGUUGCGCGACCAGAGUGAAUAAAAACGCCCUUGAAGAGUACAUAACUGUGUAACCCUCGCGAAAUCGAUCGGUAACGAAGCUAACAGAACUAUAAAAAAAAGUGGUUAACUCAUGCGAAUCAAUGUACGGAAACAGAGAGACAACGAGUAGAAACAGUGCCGAUUCAAUGACAUGUAUCAUCUAGUGAGUACGCUACUUAUCAUCGGCACACUGGGGGCAAAUCAUCCCCGCAUUGUUCUAGCCAGCAACAACGGUGAAUUAAAUUUGAUCAGCGUCGCCAAGUGUUGCGAGCCCGAGGAACUUCUCGUCGACGACACGUGCACGCCAUUGACGGAAACGAACGAGACGGAGUGGCGGCCGGAAUUCGUGGAGGAGAAGGUGAACGGUAUUUCAAGGAGCAGACCGGUCAAGCCGAAUUAUCAAUUGAAAAUAGGAAGACCAAAGUGUCAAUCGAACGAGCAUCAAUGGAACGUGUACCAUUACCAAUCAGGCGAGGAUCGUCUGGCUAUAUUGACAACCGGUGUACUUCGACACUAUACAAGACAUUUGACAAAGGGAAACUACAAUCAUGGAUAUCUAUACGGCUUAGACGCUGUAGGACUAGACGAGGAUGACGAAGAUGAUCUCGAAGCGAUAUCGAAUCACCAUGACUAUUCCUUCGGGCAUUAUUGCAUUGAUAAAGCAGUUUUAAGUAGAGAUCGAUUGGUUGCUACGUACGCUAUGGUAUGUGUACCGAACGUAGUCGUCGGCUGGACUGAUACAGAUUAUUUAAUGAAACACGGAAUCGAUCCAACUUUUCACGCGAUAUCGAUAGCCAGUUACCUGGUAGUUGCAGUCGUCUAUUUCGUCUUACCGCAACUCCGUGAUCUUGUGGGAAACAUGAUAACUAGUAUGACUCUGUGCCUUAUUGCCGGCCAAUCUGCCUCUAUGGUACGAAUCUUCACGGAGUUUGGCAAUCACGUUAGUUUUAUGGUUGCCGAUACCGUAAUGUAUGUCUCGUUGCUUGCUGCGUUUUUCUGGCUCAAUGCUUUGGGUUAUUACGUGUGGAGCACAUUUCGUUCGCGCAAUGUGUUUCUACGAGUGACCGACGGCAGAAAAUACUGUUAUUAUUCCUCUUAUGUUUGGGGUUCAACAGUCUGUAUAGCGGGAACAGCAAUUUUCGCGCACUUUGCCUUAGAAACCAACAAACCCAUGGUCGGUGGAACGUUGUAUCCACCUCAAGAAACUAUCGGUUGGCUCGGUAUUUCAAUGUUUUUUACGUCAAUAGCAUUCACGAUAAUUAUUGAUCUAUGUUUUGUAUUGACCACAGCGAAUAGAAUAAAACGAAUGAGUACGUACGGUCGAAUUCAUCACAAAAUGAAAUACAGCUUUAGGAUGUUUGUGUUUUUGUUUAUAAUAAUGAGUACCGGUUGGCUGUCGUUGUUAUUGUCACGAUUGAAUUACAAUGCGCUUUUAUACUGUCAUAUCGUUAUUAAUAUUCUACAAGCAAUUUUUAUACUGUACGUUUGCGUGUUUGGGCAAAGAAGAGUUACAUUUUUACUGGGUAAAACAUGCAAUUGCUGUAAUUCUGAAGAUAACAUCGAGGGGCUUGAUUGGGGCGAAGAAAUGACUGCCAUUAACGCGGGUUAUUAACAUUUUAGACUUUUCAAAUAGACAUAUCAAACUACGUUAGAAUGGUUUAAUUAAAUCUAAUUUUAAUUCUGGUAUACGUAUACGAACAAGUGUUCGAUCCGUUAUGUAAACAGUAUUAAAUAUAUCGCGAGGAUAAUAUAAAAAUUUUAAAAAGUCAUAGUUCUAAAUGUAUAAAUUUUAGUAUACCAAGAUAUCGCAUAAAAGCUUAUUUAAUUAUAAAAAUUCGUGAAUCGAAAUUAAAUUAUUCUAUAAAAAUGUAAUGUGCCUUGAAACAAAAUAACUUUUGCCUUAUUGAUGGAAAAUUUAUAACAGAUUAUAUAUAAAUAACAUUUUAUAACUACGGUCAUUAUGCGUUCUCAUAUUCAUCAUUUCAUAAUGUAAACUUCUAGAUUUGUCUUACUUUUAAGUAUUCAUGUAGUAUUUAUAUUUGUAUAGAUAUGGCUUUUGUAUAAAUGAUAUAUCAUUUUCAUAAAAACAAGUUUAAUAUACUCCUUUUAAAGUA